AUGGGUGCACAAAGGCUUGAUGGUAACGCCAUCGCGAAGGCCAUUCGUGAGAGGCUCGCAUCCGAGAUCGCUGAGAAGCAGAAGCUCAACCCUCGAUACAACCCAUGCCUCAAGAUCAUCCAAGUUGGUGAACGACCAGACUCUUCGACCUAUGUGCGUAUGAAGCUUAAGGCUGCUUCCGAGGCAAACAUCAGCUGUGACAAGCUCGAGUUUCCGGAGUCCGUGACUGAGGCCGAGCUGCUGGCCCAGCUACACCAGCUCAACAACGACCCUGCAGUCAACGGAAUUCUCGUGCAACUGCCUCUGCCCAAGCACAUCAAUGAGUAUGCCAUCACUUCUGCUGUUGCCGAUGACAAGGAUGUCGACGGAUUUGGCACCAACAACAUUGGUGAGCUGGCCAAGAAGGGCGGCCAGCCUCUCUUUAUUCCCUGCACUCCCAAGGGUAUCAUGGUUCUGCUUGAGGAGGCAGGUGUUGAGCUAAAGGGCAAGUACGCUGUCGUCCUCGGACGCAGUGAUAUUGUUGGUAGCCCCGUCAGCUACCUGCUCAAGAACGCCGACGCUACCGUCACGGUCUGCCACUCUAGAACUCAGGAUCUGCAAGAGCACCUGAAGAAGGCCGACAUUGUCGUGGCAGCGAUCGGCAAGGCCAAGUUUGUCAAGGGAGAGUGGCUCAAGCCCGGUGCCGUUGUCAUUGACGUCGGAACCAACUACAUUGAGGACAGCACCAAGAAGAGCGGUCAAGCUUUGGUUGGCGAUGUCGACUACGCCUCUGCUUCCGAGGUUGCCUCCGUCAUCACUCCCGUCCCAGGUGGUGUCGGCCCAAUGACUGUCGCCAUGUUGUUGCAGAACGUCGUCGACUCUGCCAACACCUACCUCGCCAGGCAGAAGCAGCGACACAUUGUGCCACUCCCGCUCCACCUCAAGGAGCCUGUUCCUUCGGACAUUGAAGUGUCGAGGGCGCAAGUCCCCAAGCACAUCACCAAGAUCGCCGAGGAGGUCGGCAUCUCGGCCCAUGAACUGGAGCCGUACGGAUCAUACAAGGCCAAGGUCGAUCUGGGCUUGCUCAAGCGUUUGGAGCACAGGAAAAAUGGUCGUUAUGUUGUCGUGACUGGCAUCACGCCCACCCCAUUGGGUGAGGGCAAAUCCACCACCACCAUGGGUCUCGCACAAGCUCUUGGCGCGCAUCUCAACCGUCUUACCUUUGCCAAUGUCCGGCAGCCCAGCCAGGGUCCCACUUUCGGAAUCAAGGGUGGCGCUGCUGGCGGUGGCUACAGUCAGGUUAUCCCUAUGGAUGAGUUCAACCUGCACUUGACUGGCGAUAUCCACGCCAUCACCGCAGCCAACAAUUUGCUUGCAGCUGCCAUUGAGACUCGUAUCUUCCACGAGAACACACAAAAGGAUGGCCCGCUCUACCGCCGUCUCGUACCUGCCAAGAAUGGCACGAGAAAGUUUGCUCCUGUCAUGUUCCGACGCCUGAAGAAGCUCGGCAUUGACAAGACGAACCCCGAUGAUUUGACCGAGGAGGAGAUCAGCCGCUUUGCACGAUUGGAUAUUGACCCCGAGACCAUCACCUGGAGACGAGUUCUCGAUGUCAACGACCGUCACCUUCGUGGCAUCACUGUCGGUACUGCCCCUACUGAGAAGGGUCAAGUGCGCGAGACUGGCUUUGACAUUUCUGUCGCAAGUGAGUGCAUGGCCAUUCUCGCCAUGAGCACCGAUCUCGCAGACAUGAGGGAGCGCCUGGGUCGCAUGGUGGUUGCCACCUCUCGCGCAGGUGAGCCCGUUACCUGCGACGACCUUGGUGCUGGCGGUGCUCUUACUGCAUUGAUGAAGGAUGCUAUCAAGCCCAACUUGAUGCAAACUCUUGAAGGUACUCCAGUGUUUGUGCACGCCGGACCUUUUGCCAACAUUUCGAUUGGCAACAGCUCAAUCAUUGCCGACAGACUUGCCCUCAAGCUGACUGGCACUGAGCCCGAUGAGGACCACAAUGCCAAGGCUGGCUUUACCGUCACAGAAGCAGGAUUCGACUUCACCAUGGGCGGCGAGCGCUUCUUCAACAUCAAGUGUCGCACUUCUGGCCUCGUACCUGACGUUGUCGUCAUUGUCGCUACCGUUCGUGCCUUGAAGGUUCACGGUGGUGGUCCCCCGAUCACACCCGGUGCUCCCCUCAACGCCGUUUACAAGGAAGAAAGCGUCGAGUAUGUGCGCAACGGUUGUGUCAACCUGGCGAAGCACAUUCAGAAUGCCAAGAGCUUUGGCGUUCCCGUUGUGGUUGCUGUCAACAAAUUCGCUACCGACACCGAUGCCGAGAUCGCCGCUGUCCGCGAGGAAGCAAUCAAGGCUGGUGCUGAAGACGCCAUCUUGGCUAACCACUGGGCCGAGGGUGGCAAGGGUGCUGUCGACUUGGCAAAGGGUGUCAUUGCUGCCUCAGAGAAGCCCAAGGACUACAAGCUCACAUAUGAGCUUGAUGGAAGCGUCCAGACUCGCAUGGAGGCCAUCUGCCAGAAGAUGUACGGUGCCUCGGCCGUCGAGUUCUCUGAGCUCGCCCAGAAGAAGGUUGAUACGUAUACAAAACAGGGCUACGGCAACUUGCCCAUCUGUGUAGCAAAGACGCAGUACUCGCUGAGUCACGAUGCUGAACUCAAGGGAGCUCCUACUGGUUUUACUGUUCCCAUCAGAGACGUCAGGAUGGCCGCCGGUGCUGGAUAUCUUUACGCUCUUGCUGCGGACAUUCAGACCAUCCCAGGCCUUCCCACUGCACCCGGAUAUCUGAACGUGGACGUGGAUACCGAGACUGGCGAGAUUGACGGUCUCUUUUAG